AUGUCAGGCUCCUCUGACACUUUAAAGUUUCAUCUCCCCACCCACGGCGAUUCCAUCCUCAGCAAAAUGAACGCUCUGAGAGAGGAUCGCCGCUUCUGUGAUGUCACACUACUCCUUGGUGGUCCUCAGGGCGCCACUGUCCAGCCUCUCCGCUUCCACGCUCACAGAGUGGUGCUCGCAGCAUCCUCGGAUUUCCUCCGUGACCAAUUCCUGCUCCACGAGGGCCGGGCAGAGCUGAGUGUGGGUGUGGUGUCCAGCGUGGAGGUUGGUAAGAGACUGCUCCUGUCCUGCUACACUGGGCUCCUGGAGGUCCCUCUGAGGGAGCUGGUGAGCUACCUCACUGCAGCCAGUGCGCUUCAAAUGAGCCAGGUGGUGAAGAAAUGUUCCCAGGCUGUGUCCCAGUACCUUAGUCCAACUCUGGCUUUCUUGAAAUUGGAGGGACCAUCAGAAGAGAAGGAAAUCCUGCAGCCAGACAGUGGCUGGCCAGGCCCCAGUUCAAAAAAUCAGGAGGAAAGGGAUGCAGCCCAACCCAGCACCAGUAUCCAGGAAACAAUUACCGAGGGAGGGGGAGCGAUUGUGAUUCAGUCCAAGUUGAGGGUGAGUCAGGCAGCCAAGGUGCAUAAUCAAGGACUGAGAGAGGUUAGAGGGGAUAGGAGAGUGGUUAAAGCUAAAAUAGAAGACACAGCAUGUUGUCUCAACAUGCUUGAGUCAGAGGACGGUGGAGGCAUCCUGGCUGUUCACACAAGCAAGCCAUCCUAUCAAGUUCACCACAUUACAGAAGCCUUAAAAUGUAAUCUACACCCUCCUACAGCUGUCCGAGAUCAUAUAUCCUCCACAACCAUGGGAAGUUCUGCUCAACAUGAAGAGGUGGUGGACAGCUCCCGAAGCCCGGAUGAAACUCUCUCAGUGGCAGCUCAACUGCAAGAACGUGGAGAGCUGAUGGAUUCCAAUAUAUUUGGCCUCUCUCCAGCACAUCUGUCAAAGAGUCAUUGUUCUGGAGAUGAGCUGACAGAUGAUUCAGACUGCAAAUUGGUCCAGAGACCAUACCUGUGCAGGAGGUGUGACAGAGUCUUCCAGCACUUGGAGAGCUACAUGGGGCACUUGAAGGAACACAGACAGUACCUGUGUUUAGUCUGUGGGAAAGGUUUUUCCCAGAAGAGUAACCUGUCUCACCACAUACACGCCCACACCGGUGUCAAGCCUUUCAGAUGCCCGUUGUGCCACAAGACAUUUUCUCAGAAAGCCCCGCUGCAAGACCAUCUCAACCUGCAUACAGGGGACAGACCCCCUAAUUGUAACUACUGUGCUGUGCACUUUGCACACAAGCCAGGCCUCAGACGCCACCUGAAGGAUACUCAUGAACAGUUUCUGGGGAUGAUAUGGGUGUUCAUCCAUCAGAUGACGCAACGCUAA